AUGUUGACAACACAGGCCAGCGAAUCCUGUAAUGCAUCGGUGCGACAUUUUCUGAAACCAAACCAUCAACUAGAUCAGUUUUUCAUACAUUUUAACAGUUUGGUAGAGGAUAAAAGAUACAAGGAGAGGACUCUUGACUUUGAAUCCAUUAAUCAGGUUCCUGCCAUCUCCUCGCCAUUCAGCAAGAUCCUCAAGCAAGCUGCUGAGAUUUACACUCCUCGCAUGUAUAGAAGAGUGGAAGAACAGUAUCAACAAAUGGAAGGGUACGAAUUGGAGCCGCACUCCAAUGGUAGGGACGACGGAUUUAUUGGGUACACAACAUUCUACACCAAAAAUGACAUCCGUUGGGAUGAACGUGUUGUUUUCGUUGAUGUGGCAAAUGCACAGCUGGAAUGUGGUUGUAGGUUGUUCAAUUCUAUGGGAAUUAUAUGUCGCCACAUCCUCAAGAUGAUGGUCCACCUUGGAAAUUUCGGCAAUCUCGCCAUGAAAACCCUGCCAGAACAUUUUAUAUUGAAGAGAUGGACCAUACAUGCCAAUAAGAAAGAGGUCGAUGAAUCCUCCACAAGUGGCAGGACGGAUGAGGCUCCAUACACUUCCAACAUCGCAGGUAACACCACAGCAUUGAGAUAUAGAGAAACCACUGCCAUGUUGAAUAAGCUUGCUACAAAACUGUCUGUUGCUGAUGAUGGAGUGUAUGAGAAGUGGAUGAAAGCACUAUCUAAACUGUGCAAGUCGGCAGACCAUGCCUUGUCCCGAUCCAUAACAAGUGAAACCGGGGGAUCUCAGCCAUUAGAUGGCCUGACCAUGAAGCAAAAGGUUAAUCCACGGAGUCAUGGUCGUGAAAGGUACAGGUCCAGAAAUGAGAAAGCACGCGGUAAGAAGAAGAUUCAGUAUGCCAAGCAACUAAAGGACUUGGAGAUUCUGUCGCAAGUUCCUGAAACUCAACGUGGAAGUCAAAACAUGGAUGACGAAGAGGACCUCAUGGAUUUGCUUGCAUCGUAG